AUGCCCCGAUUCUCAUCCUUGCCUUCAAUAGAUUCGCCCGAAUCCACGGGCAUUAGACUCUCAGCCCAUCGACUAUCGUGGUCGUCAUCAUCCUCGGACAAGUCAUAUCUCAACAUCACCAGCAAUGUCGACCCCGUAGACAACUUCUACAACUCAGAAAUGCGAGCCGGAGGGCCGUACCUCUGCUCUUUACCGGCCCGUACCACGCUAAUCGACCACAACUGGUAUAAACACUACGCCCAACUCAUGGAAGAAAGCCCAAGGUUGAGCAUGCAGAUCUCUGACCUCCUGAAAGCACAAGGCAUGCGUGAGAUUUAUUUUCACAUCACCGGAAGACAAUCCGUAGUUGACCCUGAGCACCACGCUGUACCAACAGUCCUGAUUUACGCAAGCAGAAAGGACCAGCCCGUUCGUCAAGACUGGCGUGAAAUUGCCCGUCUCGUGUACGAUUUGCUGUGCAGACAUUUCCCCGGGAUCAAUGUGGAGAUCCUGGAUGGUGUUGAAGAGCAAGUCGCCAUGUGCUUCCCAGUGUUGACAACUGAUUCGAUCUACUCCAAGUGGGAGGACAUAUCAGCCGCCAUCCUGCAGCAGCUGGAUACCAGCCAAUGGACAUCCCUCCAGUGCUAUCGCUACGGAAUCCACAGAGCAGAACCCGCCACAAACCCCAUCACCGUCAUCGUGACAGUGUGCUACUCUGCAGAUAAGCGGUUCUUAUCUUCCCAGGGCAAGAUACAAGCUAUUUUAGCUUCAUUCGAGGAGUCGACCACCGCUGUUGUCUUUCUGCAAGACGAGUUUCAAAACCUCGUUGAUUAUCCCGGGCCGGCUGACCGGGAUCAUAACUCCGCGCGAGCCAAACUGGAUGGCGCUGCAAUCAGCGAAAAGGCCCUGCCUGGACAAUCGAAGCAAUAUGGGAUAACAUGCUUUCACUGCGUUUAUCCACCUCCUGCGCUUCGUGAGGGGCUACUCUGUGAGGAAGGGGCCCAGAAAGCACUCGCGAGAUGGGAAUCCUCUCCCGUCACGGAAUCCGAUACCGCGGUGAAAGAAAUCUUGCAAGUUGAUCAGCCCAGUGUAUACGAUCUACAGGUGAACAUUGAUCGCCUCACCAGGGAAAUAACUGCCUAUGAAAACGACCAAUUAAAGGACCUGAUGCGGGGCAUUGACCUGCCUGACCAAGGAUCAGACGAAGUGGACGUGACCGACACAGACCAUAGAUCAUCCAAGACGUGCAUGCGUUACCUGGAUGUCAUUCGGCGCUCCAGGGCUCACUUGCAAGAAUUUGCAGUCCCGGAGAAAUACCAUCUCGGUCAUGUUGCGUUCGGAAGUGGUUUACACCGGACCAGGCGCAGCGGGGACGAUGUCAUGCCCUCUAUCAGCGACUGGGCCCUGAUACAAGUAGACCCGAAGAGGCUGGGCAGAAACAACGUCUAUACCUACGGACGAUUCUUCCCUUUGAGGACACUACGAUUCGAAGCCUCUCGCAAUCCGAAAGAGUUUCAGACCCUUCUCAAAUGCGGCCGCUCAACUCGAUUGACAGAGGGAGACUAUAGCGGAGCUCGGCCAAUACGCCUCACCAAGGAAAGGGGGCCAAAUGGAGAAGAGCUCACGGUUGCGACUCGCGAGCGAUCCGUCGCCAACCCACUUCUUGGGAUUUUUGCACAACCGGGAGACGCGGGGUCGCUCGUCUUCAAUCCGGCUGGAGAUGUGGUUGGGAUGAUCGGGGGUGGGUGGUCGCGGUUGAACGCGGUUUUCUUUCAGCAUAUCCUUGAUGUGUUUGAUGAUGUUAUGGAGGUUACUGGGGCUGUGGAGGCUCGUGUGAUGUUUUGAUGUUCUAUUUCAGAGUGUUCUGUUUGCGUGGUAUGGGGUAUAGAUGCUGC